UGUGGGGACAUUGACGGUGUGGGGUCUCCUCUCCCACUCUGCGGCUGCUGGUCGCUGUCAUCAUGCAGGUGGAAUCUGCGCAGUCUGGCUCAGUGUCGGGAUUUCCAACCAGACACAUCAGACUCAGGACAGCGGAGUCUAGAUCAGUCUGCAGGCUGCUCACUGCUGCAGAGGAGACGAUAAACAAGCCGCUGGAAAUAAACAGCUAAUUGGAUUUUUUUUUUUUUGUUCUUUAACUUGAUGAUCAUCAGUUUAGAUACAGGAGCUGCAUCAAAUUGACACUAGAUGAUGACAGAGUUAAAACACUAGUCCGAUCAAGAAUUCCUCUCUGCAUCAUUGUGCUGGAUUAACUACGCUGUUAAACUGUUUUUUCCGCUUCUGGCGCAGUCCAACUCAGCAGGAGUCGCAUAGGAUGCCAUACAAUCAUAUAGGAAGUGACUCCAGCAGCUUGACAGGCAACAGUCUCAAAGAAACAAGGAGGACGUAAUAAUUGCCCUUCGGAUCUUUUUUUUUUUUUUUUUUUGGCUUAAACGCGCAAAAAAAACAAAACAAAACGAUGGAUGAAGGCACCGCCAGCGAAACCAUCCCAGAUCUGAAAGACAUAGAGGUGAAAAUCGGCCGAAAGACUCCCGAGGGUUUGCUCAGGUGGAUGCGGGAGGAGGCGUCCUCUCUCCGGGGAGACGCCAAGCUGGCAGCCGCCCCGCACGACACCAGUAAGGAGACAGGGAGGAAGAGUUUGGAUGAAAAGAUCAGGAAAUUGAAGAUGGAGAUGGCCCACUUGCGCUCGGUGGAUGUGAAGAUCCUGCAACAGUUGCUGGCGGUCCAUGAGGGCAUCGAAGCAGUGAAAUGGCUGCUGGAGGAGCGCAGCACGCUGACCAGCCGCUGCAGCAGCCUGACCAGCAGCCAGUACAGCCUGGGCGAGGGCCCUGACACCUCCUGGAGGGGCUCCUGGAGCAGCCUGCAGGACCCUAAUGACAAGCUGGACAACAUCUCCAUCGGCAGCUACCUGGACACCUUGGCGGACGACAUGGACGAGUACUGUCCCUCCAGCUCGGAGUCCGUCAUCUGCUCCACCACACCGCUGGUGUCAGAGGCCACCGCUGGGAGCCGCACAGCUGGAGGCCCCACGGUCACAGCAGCUGGGACAGGACCUAAUGUAGGGGUGAGGUCUGGUACUGGGGCUGGGAAUGGGGUUCGAGCUGUGGUAAAUGAGAAUGGAACUGGGGUCGGAAAUGGGACAGAGGUGAGAGGUGGACCUGUGAAUGGAGUCAGCAGUGCUGGGACUGAGAUUGAUGGAACUGGGAAACCAGCAGUUCCCGUCAGCUCUACCCAAACCAAGUCUGAGGGCCCCAAGCAAGACACUCCCGUCUGGACCAAGGCUCCAGAGACGGAUAAGGGAAGCCCAGUUCUUAAGGAAAGCACCCAGAAGCAAGCCAUUAAGGCUAAUGGAGUCCUGGAGAAACCAGCCACACAAACAGGCAGCCCGACUCGCUCCAGCCUCAGCGAGAAACUGGGAACCAACCAGAGCCCCAAACUCAAACCUUACAAAAAUGGAAAGAUCGACUUAGAUACAUGCAAAAUGAACGGUAAAAUGCAUCUCGAGUAUGAUGCUCACUGGCGCUGGGUGCAGUCGCAAGAAGAUGUGACGUUUUUGUGAGGAGGAUAAUCACAGAGGGGACUAAAGCCACUAUUGAACACUCCCUCUGCAGCGUUAAAGACCAGAUUACUGAAGGUUAGAAGGAGAGCGAACUGCUGUUGUCAAAUGCACAUAGUGAAAUUUCAGAGACACUGAAAGACAAUGAUGUGUUUGUUGUCUGGUUCCCUCCUGUGACUGCACUAACUUUCUAUAAAACAUUGAUGUCAGUAUUAAGGUGGAUGCACAUGACAGGAUUUUGACCACAUUUAGCUGAACAGGGCUGCCUCACACAAACAUAGGAAAAAUCUGUUUUAAAAUCCUGUGUCUUAGUUUUUCUCAGGGUCUUUUUAGCAUUCCCUGAUAUUCUUUUUAUUUUAUUUCAUUUUAUUUUCCUUAGAAUGAAGCACAGUGAGACUAUCUACCAGAGAGCUGAAACAUGAUUUCAGAUUGUUUGGCAUGUACUUCACCAACUUUAAAUUGACUCUCUUAGAUUACCUAGAAAAAUACUCUGAGGUUCUACAAAAAAGAAUGCUUACUAUCACCUUCUCUCUAUUCGCUGUUUAACUUUAUUUGGAUCCUCUGUGACAGUGAUUCCCAACCUUUCUUAUUGUUUCAACCCCUUGAAAUCAGACAAUUGCACACUCUUAUUACAGGUUGUGGCCUUAUUGUGGUGAUGUGCUGUGUGUAGUUUCACCAGAUAAUGAAAUUUGCUUUGUGGAUUGUUUAAUUCAACGGGGGUUUAGAGUUGAAAAAGGGAAAAUAAAUCACAAGAAAAUGCAAAACUUAGACAAAAUAAACAACCAAAGUUUGUGUAGAGAAGUUAUUUUUCUUCCAUACUCUUCAGAUUUAUCUGGGUUUUCGACCCUGAGGUUGGGAAUGACUGUCAGACCUCACAAUCAGCAGCACUGAUGAGGCCUAAUGUACUGCAUUUGAAAUAGUAGUAAUAGUAUGAAACCAAACCCACCUUACUCAGCCUCCCAUCACAGUUCCAAAUACAAAUUUAUUGUGUAGACCCCUAUUCCUAACCAGUGCAUCUGAACCAUUCUGGUAUUAGACAGCAUUACCUAAUGAAGUAUUAACCAAAAAAAGUGAAAAAUAAAUACUAAGCAAGUGUUACUAUGACAUUUUUGAGCGUGUUUCUCUGCAAACACUUCCCUUCAGCAGUAGAUGCUAUGAAUGACAUAGAAGACAAAGCACUGAGGUCACUGAAAUAAUGUACUGCUGUUAGCAUUUGUGUCUUUGUGGAGCUUCAGUGCUUAACCAACCACCUGCAGUAUUGUAUAUUUGCUGAAUCACAGUACAGCUGCUCUGUGCUUCAGGUACUAGUUGUGACUGGUUGUAGGCAGUUUUCUGAACAUGGCUGAAUAUUUUUUCUUCUCAGCUCUGGUAACCUGUGUUAGUUUUCUUUAAAGCAGAUGUCGUGCCUGAUUGGUGUAAACCUGAACUACAUAUGCCUGUAUUUUCCCCUGAUGAGAUGACUGCACUGUUGUUCUGAUAAUCUGAGUGUUUUGACUGAUUUGAUCUUGUUUUUUUUGUUGUUGUUGUUGUUUUUGCCUCCUCCUAGCCUGUUCUUGUGUGUACAAAUGGCUCGACCAAUAGUGUGUGUCCUCUCGAGUGUUGACUGGUAAACGUGUUGUGCUGGCUGGGUGGAUGCUGCAUGCCUUGUGCUGAAAGCUUUAUUGGUUGAUUUGUGGGAAAUGCGUGGAAAAGCCGAACACAAUCAGAGAAGAAAAGCAAUAUUUCUCAAAAGCCUGUCUGCCUGCUUACAUAAGCAGCCUCCUCUCAGCAAAUGAAAUCUAAUAAUAAUGUCUGCUCUUCAAUAGACGACAACACUACUGACGAGGAAAUGGUGUGUGUUUGAUAUGUGUGUGUGUGUGUGUGUGUGUGUGUGAGACAGAUGCUGGCUGCCUUUAUGAGCACAGCUGGCCUGUCAGGUUUGCAUAAGAAUAGACGAAAAAAAAAAAAGAAUAGACGAGUCCCAAAGGUUUUCAAACAUUUUUGGCUCAUUCAUCACAGCGUUGCUACACCUCCUACCAGUCUAGCAGUUAGUCCCGUUAAUGGUGCGGGGAUAGUGCAGCACAUCUGGUAAACCGAGGGGAACAUAUUACAUAAUCUCUACUGUUUAUGCUUCAGUGUAAUUUUUUUUAAAAAGCUCCUCGUAAAAGGUAAAUAUGACCCUUACUCAAGCUCAUUUUCUUUCAGGGCCAGGAGUUGUUAGAGUUUUAAUAUUGCUGCCAAAAAAUGAUAUUUGACACAUUGCAGUUAAGUAUAAUCAGUCCUGGUCCAUUAGCAUACUUAAGGUCUUAGAUUUUCAUCACCUUUAUGCAUUAUAACAAAACUGUUUUGUCAGUUAGUUAUUGCACCACCCAGCUGAUACAGUUUUAAUGUAGUUGCUACACUAGUGAAGUUUUCUGAUCUCGCAUGUUCAGUUUCCAGUGAUAACAAUGGCAGUGUGGCAGAUCUCAGUAACUUUUGGGUCCAUGUUUUCAAGCAGAAGUGGACAAGAAGUGGCCUAUUGUGUCCUUAAGGCUUUGCUUUUUUUCUCCUUUCUAUCCAACUGUUGAUUUUGCCUUUCUGAAAUAAAAACUUCCACAGCUGUUGAUUUAAUCAUCUGUGCUGUGGCUCGCUGACUUGAUAAUUUUGCAUCAGCUGGCUUUUUAAUGAGUUUAAGUUACUCGUCUUUAGAGAAAAAGCUUGUGGGAGGAAUUAUAAAUUUGCACUCGCUGGCUGUAAAUGGUACUAAACUAACAUACUGAGGUAAUGAGUCUGGCAGCAAACUGCAUCCUCAUCAGGUAAUAGUCCAUAUAGAAGACAGAAAUAAAGAAACAACACAGUCUGUAUGCUGAUGUGUAGAGAUAUAAACAUACACAAGAUACUGCUUAGUUUACAUACAAAAUACAUGCUCAUAUUUCCAAACAAUAUUUUUCACUUUUAACAGUGCAAGACAAAAGGCUUUGAGGAUGUGAGGAUGGAUAACACUGGCUGGAGAUGCUGGAGGGCAAAGUUUAGAACAGAGACGAGCUCUGAUAUCAGGCUGGUGCACAUUUGGAGAAUUGCACAUAGUGGACGUGCUAAGUGUCACGAGGGCUUUUGAAUGCACCCUCUAUGAAAUUGAAGGAAUACUAAGUUAAGAAAUUAGUUGGCCUGAAGUGUUGAUGAUUGUGCUGCUGAGCUUCGAUUGGACAGUAAAACUUUAGGGCAUUUUGAAAUUGAUGGAUAAAGAGUUAACUGCUUUACCUUGAGUGAACUCCAGCCAGUCAAUUUGAACUGGUGCCCUGCCGGGUUUGAGUGUAAAGAAAUUCCUUCCCUCCACGCUGCUACAGUAAGAUGUUAAACUCAACAUGUCUAUUUGUUUGAGCCACUGAAGUGUUUCCUCUCUCCUCCCACUGCCUGUCUUUUCAUCCUACUUUCCACCACCGCACUGCUUUGAUGGAAACGCUCAGUCGGUGCCAACACACACAUCAUGCACACACAAUGCCCUGUAGCUGAAGACAGCACCAUAAAGCCGGCACCGCAGGAACAGCGACUUCAGGCCAGUCCUGGAGACAAGCAAGGAAAAGUGAGCUCAAACUCGACCUUGAACAUUUGGACGAUCGGCUGCCCCCUUUUCCCCCAUUUUCUCUUCUCCGAAUAGAAACAGAGCAUCUAUCUAUCUCUGAAUUCAGCCAUGGUAUAGCUUCCAACCACAGUACAGACAUGAAGUCAUGUAAAACCUCCUUCCCUUUUUAACAUAUGUGUUGGCUGUAAAGCAACACUGCAUGCCAAAAAACCCGUCUGCUCUGCUAGUUUGUGGUUUUCUUUCCAAAUUAGCUGAGGCAUAUGGAAAAAAACCCCCUGCAUUUUAGUGCAGGGAACAAACCUGUAGAACACAUUACAUCAAGCUAUAGUGUGUCUUUCUGAAGAUAUACUGUAACCCAUGAUGGUUUAAUGUGUUUUCACUGUGGGCAUGCAGGUUUAAAUUUGGACAUGAGCGUAGUUUUAAAACACUCCUUGGCAUAGAUGUAAUGAGUGCUGACAGCGGAGGUGCCAGGAGGAGCUGCUUGUGGUCUGAUUGUUUGCAAAAGAGUCAUGAUAAUUGCUGCGUGCAUGAGCACGAAUGGAAGUGUUACAAAGAUUCUGGAAAGCUUGUGGAAAACACCUUUCAGUCAAAGCAGAAAGAAGUGUCUCCUCUCUUUGCAGAGUUUGUAGAGGGAGUGAAGUGAAAUAAAAGUGGGCAGAUCAGCUCCCUGGAAUCCUUCUGUUCUGUCCUCUCGAUGUCCGGGAUUUAUCAGAUGUGUGAUGUGUUUGCCCUGGCUUCAGGUGCCUGCACCCUCCGGCUAUUCUGGGCACAAGACAAACAGCGUGAUUACAUAGACGAGUGGAUAUCCACAUGAACACGGUUGCCAUGGCAAUGAGGCCGAGCAGGCUUCAAGCUCGAGAGGCUACAUAAAACAAUGUUUACUGCAGGGCUUUAGCAGCGUAGCAGUGCGCUCUGGAUGACGGCAAGUGAGGUGAAAUUUUGGGAUAAAUGCUGAUCACAGGUUUCAAGGCAGCACUUUAUUAUACAAAGGUUUUAACUAAUGGCUUAAUUAAUAGUUUUUAAUAACUCAUGCUUUCAAAAAUAGAAAGAAUAAUAGAAAGGAGGGUUUAUAAGUGAUUUAUAAAAUUACCUGUUAACAAAGUCAUUAGUUACAACAAAGUCAUUAGUUACAAUCAAGGACACCUUAUAUCUACCCAUUUUCACUAUAACCAGUGAAAUACCUUUGUGCUUUAGUGGGACAUAUUGGCAAUUAAAAUAAGUUCACACAAACCAAACAUCAUCUCAUAUGUCUUACCGACUUUGACAUCUAAGUUAAACAUGUCAUGCUACGCACAAAACUUGAGCAUCUUUUCUUGUUUACUUAAAAAAAAAACGUGAUAUACCUCUCACCAACACUGCUGAAUGCCCCCUUUAAAUUUAAUUAAUUAAUGAAUUCAACUUUUAAAGGCAGAGAUGAGUGCCUUUGAGAGGCAGAAAUCUCAAAUUAAUGCUCAUUUAGUGUCAGCCUUUUACAGGAGGCUUGUUCAUUUUCACUUUUGUCACUCAUUUUUUUCACACUUGCUCAGCAUUAGUAUACAGCUCAGACACUCUCUCUAUUUGCCACCUGAAAUGCUGUCAAGAGCCUUUCUGCUGGCAAGUUUUACCCAUUUUUGAGAAGCUAAAAGACAGACUGGUCGUGUCUCCCUAGAGGCAGAGCAGAGGGACAAACAGCGAGCUGAAGCAGCGCACAGCGUGAAGGAAGCUUCCACUCCCAGCGUCCUGCUGUUUUCUUCCUUCCUCUCACACAAACACACACACAAGCACAAUUCAUUCUGCCGCUGACGUGGGUCUUGAGGUACCUGACAGCAUUUCCUUGAAUCUUAUUUAUAUUUUAAUCCCACGUUUGUUUGGUUCACAACUAAAACUGGUCAACAGAAAUGGAAGUGAAUUGAAACAAGCCACACUGAGUGCUCUGAACCAGCUCCAAAACCGAACUUAGAGGACUGAAAAGUAAAAGCCACAGAGAUCGACCGCAGUUCACUGGAUCAGCUGACUCGAUAUCUUUCUUGAGUGAGUGGAAUGUGUGUUUUUUUUUAAUUUUCUUUUCAUGGUACAAUGCAUUUUUUAAAUUAUUUUUGUUAUGCUGUGUGUUCAGAGAAAAGGAGUUAUUUUUUUCUUUGUAAAGUGAAAAUGUUAAACCAAUUAACUGAUUACUUUCAUUGAUGUGGAUAACUAUAUUAUGCAGUAUGUAAAUUAUACAAGCUUACCCAAUGAUUAAAGAUAUUUUAAAUGG